AUGGCUCGCCUCAGUACCAGUGAAGCUGCUAAUUAUGAUGUAGUUAAGAUUAGUUUGCUCCGCAAGUACCGGUUGUCUGCCGAGGCGUUUCGUUUAAAAUUUAGAAAUGCCACAAAGAAGCCCGGAGAGGCUUUCACGGAGUUUGAGUACUCUUUAAGAGCGAACUUAGAAGAAUGGCUAAAGAGCGAAGGGGUGUUCGGGGAUCACGAUAAGGUGAUUGAGCGGUUCUGUCUAGAGCAGUUUCUGCGAAGUAUUCCACCAUUCGUUCGGAACUGGUUUUUGGACCGCGAGAAACUGACCUCGGUUAGGAAAGCGGCAGAGUUAGCGGAAGAGUUCGUGACGCGCCGAGAACUCAGUCGCGAGGACAGAUUUGUAACUGGUCGAAAAGACAACGAAGUUCCAAAUUAUGGAUAUCGUAAAUCCGCCUUUGAAAAAGAUCGACAAGGCGACCAAAGUUCAACCUCAAGGAAAGAGAAGGAUAUAUGUGGUGACGGAGAUAACGUAAAAGAUAAAGAAAAGAGAGCCUUCGAAAAACGCAAGGAAAUAAUUUGUUUCGAUUGCCAAAAACCAGGUCACAUUGCAUCAAUGUGCAGAAAAGAGAAGGUUGCAUUCUCAUACGUCGUUGACACAGACGAAAACCUGGAGUUGCUCAGACCUUACUUGUACGAUCUAAAGGUGAAUGGCAGGGAAUGUAAGGUACUAAGGGACAGUGCUGCUACCAUGGACGUAGUGCACCCGUCAUUCGUGAACCAGGGAGAUUACACCGGUGAGUGCGCUUGGAUAAAGCAAGUCGUCGAAGAGCAAAGUGUAUGUCUGCCUAUGGCCAAAAUUAAAAUUCAAGGGGCGUUUGGCGAGCUGACCACAGAGGCAGCUGUCUCACGAAAUCUACCAGAACAAUAUCCGUACCUGUUCUCCAACAAAUCAGCGAAACUUCUAGCGGAUCAAGGUAUAGUAUUUGGUGAAGGUGUCGUUCAAGCUCUGACAAGAGCGCAAGCUCGUUAG